AUGGGGCUCUCGUCUGAGGUUGAAGGACGCUACUCCCUGGAUGAAAUGGCAGGCACAUACAAGUUCGACAAGGCCACCUGCAUGCUUAGUGCGAAAGAUGAUGAAGCGGCUGAGUGCAUCAACAUCGGCCCAUUUUCCUUUGCACCCAUCCAGCCCACUCCCCUUCCCGAGCCCGAGAGCUUCGACAAGCUCCGCCUGCUGUGCGAAAGAGCCCGGGGCGAGAUGGAGGGCGAGUUCAUCUGCAACUCGGAGAUCAUGGCAGAGAUCCAGAAGGAAACGAAUGACGGGGCCCUGUUCGUGCUGCCUUCUCAACUGAAUGGCGCCGAGUACCCUUCGCACAAUAGCGUAGUGAAGCACGUCGAGGAGUACAUGUACGACAAUACCGGUGGUCCCCGAGGACAGUUAGCGGCCCACCCCGCCGCAGCGCAGUUUGUGCUAGACAAUGCUGCGCACGAGAAGCGGAAGGACGGCAUCAAUGCCGUCGACGAGCUGGAGAAAACUCCAGGCUGCGGCGUUCGGCUGCACAACGGCUACUUAGAGGUCCAGGAAGUUGCUGAUCUCAAAGGCUCAGAGGCCGCUUUCCAAUCCAAGCUGCACACUCUGCGCCCAUUGAUCAUGGAGGACAUCCCUGCAGUGGGCUUAACACCCAGCAAGAGAAGUCUCAAUGCCGGCAAACAUCGAGUAGGUCUGGUCUAUGCCUCCGCGGUUCCCGUGAACACGUACCUGAAUCGCGUCCAGAAGAAGGAGCAGCUGGAUCAUCAGAACUUCAUUGCAGCGUGCGUGCUCAGGGCCCAGUACUACGGCGCUCUGAAGCACGCUGCGCGCAAAGCUGAAGCUUCCAAGACGAGAAGAAAAGUCUACCUCAUGCCCUUGGGAGGCGGCGUCUUCAACAAUUCGUGGGAGCUGAUCGCCAGGAGCAUGGCGACUGCCAUCGAGAUGCUGGAAGACCGCGAGUUCGAAAGCCUGGAGAUUCAUCCACUGACAUGGUCUGGAUCUACGAAGGAGAAGAGUAGUCUGGAGGCGACCUUCAAAGCGUUGCUCCAGAAAUAG